AUGACUGAUAAGAGCGAGCAGCCUCAAAAGGGCCAACAUUCUGCCCAGAGGGAGAACAAGUCUUCAGAGAACGACAGGAAACCGGAGGUCCUUUUGCGCGACCCGUGCAACCCGUCCCCGCGCCUCAACAUCGACCUCAGCUGCAACAAGGAAGUUUUCCAACUCGCCCAAGCUGAAUAUGAGGAAGCGAACGUGGGAUGGGCUAAAGUGUUUAAGAAACGCCAGGACCCGAAGUAG